UUUUCAGUGUUCUGUAGAGGCGAGAGUCAAAAUGACAUCAAAUGCCAGUGAUUUUAUGGGAGACAUUGAAAAUUAUCGGCCUUUACCCCAGGGCAGGGAUAUAGCAAUGGCAGCGUCGGCAUCGAAAGGAUUAUUGUCUAAUGAAGACGUCAGAAAGUUUGAAUCCGAGCUCUUGCGUGUCUGUUCAAAUCCUAAUGCCCGUGUGAAAGUUUGGCUGAGAUAUCUAGAUUGGUUUGACCAGUCACGUCCUAGCAAUACAAAAGAAGCAUGUAGUCUCUACAAGAGAGCACUGACAGACGUCCUUUCUGAAACAGCUCUCGAGAAUAGCGCUGAUGUCGUAACAAUCGCUUAUCGGUCAGCUCUUCUGGAGAAAAAGCCUCGGCAGGUUUUCGAUGACAUGUAUUCCAAGCGAAAGUGUAUCAAGGUUUCUUCAUUUUGGACGCGGUGGGCACAGCUUGUGGAACAAACAGGCGACGUGAAAGUAACCAGAAAAAUUUUCGAAAAAGCAUUGAGCUUGCCCCUGGAAAACAAAGAUUCAGUAAAGGCGGCUUUCAAGAACUUUGAGGAAAGAGUUUGCUGUGAGGCAUUGCAACAGUGCGCCUCUGAUAGCCAAGAAUCCGACGCCCUUAGAGCUCGUUUCAGCCAACUGAGCCAAGACGCCACAAUUGUACCAGUGGACAGGGUAUCGUCCGCAACAGUUGCUUCGGGUUUGCCGAGUGAUCAUUCAGUCGCAUCGGAUUCUUCUUAUGGAGCGAAGAAGUUUGCCAUCACUAAAAGCAUCAAAGAAAGAAAGGCAACUAAGAGUCUGGGACUGACGACAGAGGGUAAAGUGAGCCUAAACAAAGAGAAGGAAAAUGAAAACCCGAUUAGCAAAUUCAAAAACGAGUCCUUGAAGCGUGUAGGAACUCUUUCGGUGGUUCCUGUUGAGUCUCAGUUUGUCAUCCCACCUAUUACCAAUGAAAUAUCGACAGACGAAAUUUAUCAUGAGGUUCUUGACCUGAAAGCUAAUAUGAAGCAAAUUAUAAAAGACACUGUAAAAGAAAGCCUGAACACCUUUUUUCAAUCUCAAAAUUUUAGAGACACUCUAAGUGAAAUUGCUCGUGAUGUUUUUGAAAAUAUGCAAAAAGAUAUGGGCCCAGCGACGCCAGUUGUACCUCUAAAAGAUAAAUUAAAUAGCGGAGGAUCAUCUUUCAACUACAGUGAUUCAACUAUGGCUGCUUGGGCGGGGCCAGAAAACUCCUCACAAAAUAAAUCAAGCGAGAUUUCGCCAGAGGAAAUGAUAGUCAAAACUGAAUCGGCCGAUGCUGUCGAAAAUAUUGCCCGUUUACCUCAAGAGGGCCAAGAAAAGCUAGAGAUGACUCCGAUUGUGAGGUCCUACAACCCGCUGGCUUAUAAACAGUUCACGCCAGCCUCGCCAGCUGCUGACGACACGCCAGCAAAUGUCUCCGGGUUUACUCAUUUAGAGCCGAUUGAUGAGCAGCAAUUGGGUGAAAAAUUGAGCGAGGCACUCGAAAGAAUUACCGAUGAAUGUCAUGAAUACGAAAAUUCUGAGGUAAAACAGAACAUUGAAUGUGACUGAUUAAUUUUGUAAAACAAUUACUGUAAUUUUGUGAUUUGCUUGAUGAUUGUUUCUUUUGCGAUAGCAAAAGGAUAUUUUAAUAUUUGUGGCUUGGU